AUGGCAGUGGACGUCAGGAUCCAGCGAAAGCUGGCUCGCACGUUGCUCAUUGAACUAAUGGCAUACCAAUUCGCGUCACCGGUGCGAUGGAUUGAAACCCAAGACGUGAUUCUCUCGCACAAGGACUGCGAAAAGAUCAUCGAAGUCGGCCCGAACAGCACUCUUGUGGGCAUGUUCAAACGAACCAUAAACAGCGUGUAUGAAACUCAGGAAUGUACCAGGGCUUCCCCACGGCGGCUUCUGAAUUCAGAAACGGAUACGAAGGAAAUCUACUACGAGCAUGUUCCAGAUAUUCCUGAGGCCGAAAAUAAUACCAAUGACAAUGGAUUAGUGGCUCAGAAACCAGGUGAGUGUGCGGCAGAACCACCGAUAACAGCGAAAGCUGCGAAGACUGUACCAGUAUCCACCACUGCAGCGAGAGUGCCUGUACAGGUGGAAAUCGAUGAUGAGGGGGUCAGAACGCAGGAUAUUGUGACUGCAAUUGUCUCCAGAGCGUUGAAGACAGUCCCCAUGGACAUUGACAGUACCAAAUCUAUCAAGACAUUAGCUGGAGGUCGGUCCACCUUGGAGAAUGAGAUUGUUGGUGAUCUUCACAGCGAAUUUAGUUCCUUACCAGAUCGGGCAGAGGAUGUGCCUCUGAGUGAGAUAUGGAGGGCGAUGCAAUCCAAUCAUAAAGGAAAUCUAGGCAAGGUUUCCAAGGCUAUGAUCAAUUUGAUGUUCACCUCAAAAAUGCCAAGUAGCUUCACAAUCACCCUGGCAAGAGACCAACUUCGUACGCAAUGGGGGUUAAAACAAGGGAGGCAAGACUCCUGCUUGCUGCUCGCCGUCACCCUGCAGCCCGUUGCACGAAUCGCUACGGAAUUAGAAGCAAAAGCUUUCAUCAACCGUGCCGUCGAACUAUAUGCGUUCAACGAAGGAAUCACUCUGGGCCCUUCCGAUCCUACAACGGACCAGAAUCCAGAUGCUGGUAUUCACGUCGACCCCGAAGCGGUUAGGGCACUGAUGGAGUCUCAGAAAGCAUUGUCCAAGCAGCUGCUUGAUGUAUACGCAUCUCAUGUCGGAUUGGAUCUUGAGACACAUCGGCAGGCAUUGGAGAUCCUUCGUGAAAAUGUGGAAAAAGGAUUACAAGCUGAACUCGACAUUUGGACCGCAGAGCAUGGCCAGGACUAUGCGAACGGUAUUCGUCCGCGGUUCGAUGUACGAAAAGUCAGACUGUAUGACUCGGCAUGGAACUGGGCCCGUCAGAGACUUCUCGAGCUGUUCAGUGUUGUAUCCGCUGCACAACGCGGAGAGGAGUUCAUUCUGGAUCAGAAUGCGGUUUCGCAGGUGUGCUAUUCGAUCGCCAACGCGGCGGAAGAGACGGUCCUCCCCGUUCUGAAUGAGAUGAUGACCCAAUUGCAAGACCAUCCUAUGCUCUGCUCCAUUUUCUCCAAGCUGGAAGAAAAGUGCAGGCAAACUUUGCAAUCUGGUCCUGUUUUCAAGGGAGCCCCAAGACAGCGGGCACCCUGUACGAGACUUGAUGCCGAAGGCAACUUGCAGUAUCAUGAGAAGGAGCGCAGCGCAUCCCUUCGCUUCACCGACCUAGCCAUGCCGACUUCCCAGACAGCAGAACCUUAUCUUCACUUAAAGGAAAGGCAUACCCAUGGAUAUGAGUAUAGCCGAAAGCUGACAGGUCAUCUUUAUGACGCUUUGGAUCACGUCGAAAAACAGGGGGAGACAUUCAGCGGCCAAACUGUGUUGAUUACGGGGGCCGGAAUUGGGUCGAUUGGUGCAGCCAUGAUUCGUCAUUUCCUCCAAGGAGGCGCGAAAGUGUUAACCACAACAUCCUCCCUCUCCCCAGAGGUAGCUCAGAAAUAUCAAGCCAUCUACAUGGAACAUGGAGCCCGAGGCUCGCAAUUGAUUGUAGUCCCAUUCAAUCAAGCGAGCAUCCAGGACGUGACCUCACUUGUGGAGUAUGUGUAUGCCGAGAAUGGCCUCGGAUGGGAUCUGGAUUAUCUGGUCCCCUUUGCUGCCAUCAGCGAGGCGGGUCGGAGACUGGACUCGAUCGAUUCCAAAUCGGAGCUCGCGCACCGGAUCAUGCUAACCAAUGUGUUGCGACUGCUGGGCACCGUGAAGACCUGCAAAGAAAAAUACAAAUAUCGCUCUCAUCCGACACAGGUAAUACUGCCCUUAUCACCGAAUCACGGAACAUUAGGCGGCGAUGGUUUGUACAGUGAAUCAAAACUGGCCCUGGAGACCUUGUUCAACCGCUGGCAUUCCGAGGACUGGCAGGAUUUCUUGAGCAUCUGCGGUGCAGUCAUUGGCUGGACUCGAGGGACGGGCUUGAUGAAUCAAAACGACCUGGUCGCGGAAGGUAUUGAAUCUGCCGGCAUGCGCACCUUUUCGCAAGAGGAGAUGGCAUACGCUCUCACUUGUCUGUGCGUUCAGACCAUCAACGAGAUCUGUCAGGAGGGACCCAUCUAUGCCGACUUUACUGGGCGAAUGGCACACGUGCAUGGGCUUCCUGAGAAGCUCCAGAGUCUGCGGCAGGAGCUCAAGGAGCAAAGCGAAAUCCAAUCUGCGUUGUUCACCGAGUCUGCGCUCGAGCAGCAGUGUUUUGCUAACUCUGAUUCAACUUCACAAGGAGCGCAGCGGGAGCGAGAGGGAGAACAAAGGGCUCAUGUUCGCUUGGAGUUCCCCAAGACUCUUGAGUAUGACAAAGAUAUCAGGCCCCUAGGUCCUGAUCUGCAUGGCAUGGUUGAUCUUCAACGCACUGUUGUCGUGACUGGAUAUUCCGAGCUGGGCCCUCAUGGGAACUCCCGUACUCGAUGGGAAAUGGAAGCAUACGGCGAGUUUUCCCUGGAAGGUGCCAUUGAAAUGGCCUGGCUGAUGGGAUUCAUUCGUCACUUCUCUGGAACCGUGGAUGGCCGGCCGUAUUCAGGCUGGGUAGACGUCAAGACCAAGCAGCCAGUGUCAGACGUCGAAGUGAAACAAAUCUAUGAAGAGAGGAUCUUAGACCAUUCCGGGAUUCGUUUCAUUGAACCAGAGCUCUGCAACGGAUAUGAUCCGAAUAAAAAGCAGUUUCUGCAUGAGAUCAUCCUCCAGGAAGACUUCGAGCCAGUUGACGUGCCAGAGUCGCUGGCUGAACAGAUGAAACUAGAGCAUGGGGAGUAUUCUAGUGUCCUCAGAUCUUCAACAUCAGACCUCUACCGUGUACAGCUACGCAAAGGAGCAAGAUUAUUCAUUCCCCGCGCGAUGCAAUUCAAUCGAACCGUCGCAGGACAGAUCCCGACAGGAUGGGACCCUCGGACGUACGGAAUCCCAGAGGAAAUCAUAAGGCAGGUUGACCGGGCCACAUUAUUUACUCUGGUGUGCACAGUAGAGGCUCUUCUAUCCUCUGGGAUCACCGAUCCAUAUGAGCUCUAUCAGUAUAUCCAUAUCUCAGAGGUCAGCACAUGCGUCGGCUCGGGUUUCGGAGGGGCGGGUUCCCUAUCAAAGAUGUUUACCGGCCGUCAUAUGAGCCUGGAAGUGCAGAACGACAUCAUUCAGGAAACCUUUGUCAACACGAUCGGUGCUUGGGUCAACAUGCUCCUGUUAUCUGCCAGUGGGCCCCUUCGUACGCCGGUUGGGGCUUGUGCAACGGCCAUUGAGUCUCUAGAAUUAGGAUAUGAUACAAUCGUGACAGGAAAGGCCAAGUUCUGCUUGGUCGGAGGCAGUGAUGAUUUCACGGAAGAGAUGUCAUACGAGUUUGCCAACAUGAAGGCCACCAGUAACACCCACGAUGAGAUUGCGCGAGGUCGGGCCCCCAGUGAAAUGUCACGACCUGCCACCAGCACUCGGAAUGGAUUUGUGGAAUCCCAGGGCUGCGGCCUCCAGGUCCUGACUACUGCGGAGUUAGCUUUGCAAAUGGGCUUACCCAUUCGCGGUAUUGUCGCAUUUGUGAAAACCUCCAGUGACAAGGCCGCUCGAUCCGUGCCCGCCCCAGGGAAGGGGGUCUUGACUAAUGCCCGACACAUUGCACCCAGUGUGGUGUCUCCUCUUUUGAACAUUGGCAAUCGCAAGAAGAGGCUAGAGUUCCGGUGUAGGCAGAUUGCGGAGGCCCGAGAUAUAUCAUUGCAAGAUCUCGAGUUUGAGGUGACCACCAUGAUAGCCCAGGACUCGACCGUGGACGUGGACGCAUAUGUUCGAGAACGUCGCGAGCAGAUCCUGGCAGAUUUCCUUCGGGAGGAGAGAGAUGCCCGCUACUCUCUCGGCAAUAGCUUUUGGCGAAAUGACCCUUAUAUCGCCCCGCUAGCUGGCGCGUUAGCCACUUGGGGCUUGACCGUUGACGACUUGGAUGUCGCCUCCUUUCAUGGCACGUCGACCGGGUUGAAUGACAAAAACGAGUCCAGCGUGAUUCAGCAGCAACUAAAUUCUCUUGGCCGGCGGAGGGGAAAAUUGAUCCUCAGUGUCUUUCAGAAAUAUCUUACCGGCCAUUCAAAAGGUGCCGCCGGUGCAUGGAUGUUGAACGGUGCACUCCAGAUGUUGGAUUCAGAGCUGGUCCCGGGUAACCGCAAUGCAGACAAUAUCGACCCAUCUUUCAGAGAAUUCGACCUCAUUGCCUACCUUAAUCAUCCGGUGCACGUCCACAACCUCAAAGCUGUUUCAGUAACCUCCUUUGGCUUUGGGCAGAAAGGUGCGCAGGCCGUCUGCGUGCAUCCUCGUUACCUUUUUGCGACCUUAGGGAAGGAUGAGUAUGAAGCGUACCUGGCGCGCCGCAUGACCCGACAGAAAAUGGCAGAUGAGUAUUUCUAUGAGGGGAUGAAUUCCAACUCUCUGUUCAGACCCAAAACGGCGCCACCAUUUUUAUCCUUGCAGGAGACGGAAGCGUAUCUGAACCCAUCGGCCCGAUUCUAUAAAUGA